AUGUACAGCAGAGCCUACAUCUUGCUGCAAAGAGAAUUCCAAGAGUUGAAGAAAAACAAUUAUGAGGGUAUUACUGGCUUUCCUGUAAGUGAAGAUAUGAUGCAAUGGGAAGCUGAUAUUGAAGGUCUACAGAAUACAGUUUGGCAUGGAUCAUUCUUCCAACUGAGAAUAAAUUUUACAUCAGAGUAUAAUUUUGUCCCUCCAGUUGUGAAAUUUAGAACAAUUCCUUUUCAUCCAAAUGUAGACCCACAUACUGGCCGUCCCUGUAUAGAUUUUUUGGACAACACUCAUAAGUGGAAUAGAAGCUAUACAUUGAGCAGCAUCUUACUUACCCUCCAGGUUAUGCUUUCUAAUCCAGUGCUAGAAAAUCCAGUGAAUUUGGAAGCAGCCCAUAUACUGAAUAAAGAUGAAACUCUGUACAGGCAAAUAAUUCGAAGACGUUUCCACCAGCCAUUACAAUCAAAAGAUGACAGUUCUGAGUCACCUAAAGAGCCAGAUAAAUUUAACAGAUCAAUUAAAUCAGUCUCAUUUUAUGAUUACUACAAGACAUGGUCUAGAAUAGCCACAUCAAAAGCCACAGAAUAUUACAGAACUCCAUUGCUUGAAGAUCCAAAUUUCAUUGGAGAGUAUUACAAAUGGAAGAAAAAUGAGCUAAGACGACCUAAAGAAUGGGGUUUAAAGUAA